UUCAGGGAGCCUGUGUCCUCUCAGGCUGAGGAUGGGCGACGAGGAGGAAGGAAUGCAUGGUUGUCAAGGCAGAGCAUCAAUGACUGGGAUUGCUGAUGAGUUGGGCAACGAGAAGUUCUGUAUGGAAGCUAACCAGACUGGAAAUGGGAACUGGCUGAAGUACAUCCGGGUGGCCUGCUCCCGAGACGACCAGAAUCUAACCGUGUGUCAAGUUAAUGAGCAGAUUUAUUAUAAAGUCAUUAAGAACAUCGAACCUGGAGAAGAGCUGCUGUUGUAUAUGAAGGAAGGGGCUUAUUCACUUGGGACUAUGCCACCCAAUCUUGAAGAGGAUCGCACAUUCCGCUGCGAGGAAUGUGAUGAGCUUUUCCAGUCGAAGCUGGAUCUCCGGCGGCAUAAGAAAUAUACCUGCAACUCUGUCAACACCCUCUAUGAGACCCUGAAUGAGGAGAUCAAACAGGAGGGGGUCAGCGAUGGGCAGAUUCACGAGUGCAAGGACUGCGAGAGGAUGUUUCCCAAUAAGUACAGCUUAGAACAACACAUGAUCAUCCACACGGAGGAGCGGGAGUACAAGUGUGACCAGUGCCCCAAGGCCUUCAACUGGAAGUCCAACCUGAUUCGCCACCAGAUGUCCCACGACAGUGGCAAGCGGUUUGAAUGUGAAAACUGUGUGAAGGUCUUUACGGACCCCAGUAACUUGCAGAGGCACAUCCGGUCCCAGCACGUGGGUGCCAGGGCUCACGCCUGCCCAGACUGUGGGAAGACCUUCGCCACCUCAUCUGGCCUCAAACAGCACAAGCAUAUCCACAGCACGGUGAAACCUUUCAUAUGUGAGGUCUGCCACAAAUCCUACACGCAGUUCUCCAAUCUCUGUCGCCACAAACGGAUGCACGCGGACUGCCGGACCCAAAUCAAGUGCAAAGACUGCGGACAGAUGUUCAGCACUACCUCCUCUCUCAACAAGCACCGCCGCUUCUGCGAGGGCAAGAAUCAUUACAACCCCGGGGGCAUCUUUGCCCCGGCCUUACCUUUGACGCCGAGCUCCAUGAUGGACAAGUCCAAACAGGCUCCCAACCUCAACCACGCCGGCCUCGGCUUCAAUGACUACUUCCCCUCUAGACCUCAUCCUGGAGGUCUGCCCUUCUCCACGGCCCCUCCAGCCUUCCCCGCCCUCACUCCAGGAUUCCCGGGGAUUUUCCCUCCGUCCUUGUACCCCAGACCGCCUUUGCUACCUCCCACCCCGCUGCUCAAGAGCCCUCUCAACCACACCCAAGAUGCCAAGCUCCCGAGCCCCCUGGGCAACCCCGCGCUGCCCCUGAUCUCAGCGGUCAACAACAACAGCCAGAGCAUGUCUGCGGAGGAGAAAUUCGAGGGAGGCCUGGAGAACUCCUACCUGGAAAAGCUUAAGGCGAGAAACAGCGACAUGUCAGACGGCAGCGACUUCGAGGAUGUGAACACCACCACGGGGACUGACCUGGACACCACCACGGGGACCGGUUCUGACCUGGACAGUGACGUGGACAGUGACCGCGACAAGGCCAAGGACAAGAGCAAACCUGCUGAGAGCAAACCGGACUUUGGCAGCGGCUCGGUGGCUCCCGGGGCCCCCAACAGCAUCAACGAGGUCCCCGUCUUCUACUCGCAACAUUCCUUCUUCCCUCCUCCUGAAGAGCAGCUGCUCCCCACGUCAGGUGCGGCCAACGACUCCAUCAAGGCCAUUGCCUCCAUUGCGGAGAAAUACUUUGGCCCAGGCUUCAUGGGGAUGCAGGAGAAAAAGAUGGGUUCUCUCCCGUAUCAUUCCAUGUUCCCCUUUCAGUUCCUUCCCAACUUCCCCCACUCGCUCUAUCCCUUCACGGACCGCACCCUGAACCAUAAUUUGCUGGUCAAAGCCGAACCAAAGUCGCCCCGAGAUCUCCACAAGGUGGGCAGCACCAGCUCUGAGUCCCCUUUCGAUCUCACCACCAAACCAAAAGAGAUGAAACCCAUCUUGCCCACCCCCAAGAUCCUCCCCCAAGCCCAAGCUUCUGGAGAGGAGCAGCCUUUAGACUUGAGCAUUGGAAACCGGAUCCGGGCCAGUCAGAACGGAGGAAGGGAACCCCGGAAAAAUCACAUUUACGGGGAGAGGAAACUCCUUCCUAGUGAAAUGUUGCCGAAGAUCUCUCCAUCCCAGCUCCCCCAACAGCCUUCCCUGCACUACGCCAAGCCAUCACCUUUUUUCAUGGACCCAAUAUACAGCAGGGUGGAGAAGCGGAAGGUGACUGACCCUGUGGGAGCCCUAAAGGAAAAGUACCUGAGGCCAUCUCCUCUGCUGUUUCACCCCCAGAUGUCAGCCAUCGAAACCAUGACGGAGAAGCUGGAGGGCUUUGCAGGCAUGAAGACCGACUCGGGCAGCUCCCUGCAGCCCCUCCCCCACCACCCCUUCAGUUUCAGAUCCCCGCCCCCAACGCUGUCAGACCCCAUCCUUCGGAAGGGCAAGGAACGUUACACGUGCAGGUACUGUGGUAAGAUCUUCCCUCGAUCAGCAAAUCUCACUCGACACCUUCGAACGCAUACUGGGGAGCAGCCAUACAGGUGUAAAUACUGCGACCGGUCAUUCAGCAUUUCCUCCAACCUCCAGCGGCAUGUGAGAAAUAUCCACAACAAGGAGAAACCCUUUAAAUGCCACCUCUGUAACCGGUGUUUUGGACAGCAGACUAACUUGGACAGACACCUGAAGAAGCAUGAACAUGAGAAUGUUCCAGUGAGCCAGCACGCCGGAGUCAUCACGAAUCACCUUGGGACCAGCGCUUCCUCCCCCAACUCAGAAUCAGACAACCAUGCACUUUUAGAUGAAAAAGAGGACUCAUAUUUCUCUGAAAUCAGAAACUUUAUUGCAAAUAGCGAGCUGAACCAAGCAUCAACUCUAACAGAUAAAAGGCCAGAAAUUCAGGACAUUGAUAGCAAUUCUCAGUGCCAUGGGUUAGCCAACGAAAAGUCAGAGGAUGUAGAUGAAGAGGAGGAAGAGUUGGAGGAGGAAGAUGAUGACAGCCUGACAGGGAAGUCCCAGGAUGAGACAGUCUCCCCCACAGCAGAGCCCCAAGGAGCCUAUGAGGAUGAGGAGGAGGAAGAGCCCACAUCACUCAGCAUGAGCUUUGAUCACACAAGAAGGCUUAUGCAAUGAUGCUUUCUCUGUCUGAGAAUGCUCCUCUUCACGCUUCCUCCCAGAAUUCUCUGGACGCUUGGUUGAACAUGACGGGAGCAGCGUCAGAGACGGGGGCCUUCAACUCCAUUAACCACCUCUGAGAGGUCACGGAGGCACUGGGGACAGAGUCCAGAGUGAGAAGACUCCCAUGCUAUUAAUCCCCUCUUGCAGAAAUUCUGGACAACCACAAGACAGAGCAGAGACCCUCAGGGAAGUCUCUAGGCUUUGGGCUGGGGAAACAGAACUCUUCACCUGUGAUCUGCAACGCCUGAUUUUGGGGUUGUUUUUGUUUUUGUUUUUGUUUUUUAAAUCUACCCACCGUAGUUUGUCUCUGAUUUCUCAAACUGAACCUCAGAACCCAGAGAAUCCCUGAAGCAGUCCCAGGAUUUCACCAUCUCUAAGAAUAGUUUUUGGAAACACAGCUAAUCUGUGGUACAAUAAUAGCACAUUAACAGCGAUCAAAACCUAGUUCAUUAGAAUUGUGAGACAGCAACCCCCCUCCCCCCCAUCAGACCAGCUAAUGUAGAAUUUUUAAUCUGAUAUUAAAGCCAUUUGGCCAUUUCAGGGGACCUGAAUGGCACUUCUUAAGGGAAGAGGAUAGACCUAGUUGGGCUCUAAAGAGAUAGAUCACUUUUAAGUUGCUAUUUUUUGUUUUUGUUUUUGUUUUUUCAUAUAUAAUGAAAAGGACAGAAAUAACUGUUUUAGUAAAUCUUGUUACUACAGAUUCUCUUUGAGCUCAUGAAUUUUUUAAAGUAUUUUUUAAAAACUCUGAAAUUACUUGCAAAUUUUUUUUAAACUAGUUUUGCAUUGAUUUGAAUGAUCAGCUCCCUCUGGACAUUAACCAGCCUCAAGCACAGCAUAGGGAUUGCAUGUGCUUUUUAAAUCCUUCAGGACAACCGUGGACUUUUAUCCCCGCUCUCUUUUCUAUCUCUCUCUCUCUCUCUCUCUCUCUCUCUCUCUUUCUCUCUCUCUCUCUUUCUCUCUCUCUCUCUCUCUGAUCCUGUUUGUCCACUUGGAAAAGUGAAAAUGAAGGCUCAUGGAGACCUUAUGUAAAAACCCUACUAGAGUAAAAAUUAAGGGCCUUCCUGAGCCAUUCUUAGACAUGGUGUCAUUGCAGAUAGGACUGCCCCAUGGUUGGGACUAAGAAAUGUGCCUGCCACUAAGUGACUUGUAGCUAGAGCUAGGGAACCUCUAAUUUUGCCCAAUGGGAGGGGUCUACUGGCAAUGCAUCCAUGGCGCCUAAAUUUGAUGACUUUGGGCUGAUGUGAGCCACCUAGGACGCAGAGGUACAACUGAGGUGGGCGAGUGUAAAAGGGGCCCUCAGUCCCUUACAUGCCGAAUUCCCCCGAGAUCCAAGGGGUCUUGCUUCUGUUGUCCCUGGGUCCCCACCUCCCUAUUCAAGAUUUGGGGCCUGUUGGCCGUUCUUGGGUCGCCCUAGAACUGUGCCCUGCUCCCUCCCACCUCGCUCUUCCACCCCCCAUGAUGUGGACUGGAAGAACAAAAAGCCAUUUCAGUUGGCUCUCUCCCGUGGCUACCAAAGGGAGUCAAAGACUUCUAAGCCGCCAAGUUCGUAUGUGUGCCUCGGACUCUGGAUUCACAAGACACUAUUUAACUCCCGUUUCCAAUGUUUGCACAAGAUCUUGGCAAGACGCGACUCAAGAACCGAAUUGUGUCCACCAUCGUUAGCCAGGCUCUAAGAGUUUAAGCUAGAACAUUCCUUUCCUGGAAACCUCCACCCGUCCUCCAGCACCACAGUACUUGCCCAUUCGAAUGGGUUUUAAAUUAUUCCCAUAGGGGCCAAUUUAAAAUAAUAAUGUUUUUUUCCUCAUGGAAUUUACCUUAAUCUGUAUAUAACUUUGUAAUUUUUUUCUAAUUCUUUUCUUUUUCAUUUCUUCAUUAACAGUAUUUUUUUUUUCUGGCAUUAGAUAUCCUCAUUGUGAAAAAAAAAAAUGUUAAUAUAAGUAUCUAGUGAAGGACCAAAAUCGUGUAUUAAGGUUGCGUGUUGUAUGAUUGAUAACCAGGGAGUAGGACAAUUUUUUUAAAUUAAUGUGCCAAAUACCCCCUAAUUGAUCCCGCUGUCAUUGCUGCCAAUUAUCCAGACAAUCAUAUGUUGUGUUAAAUUUGAUUUUCGAUUACAGUCGCAUUUAGGAUAAGUGUUCUAUUUAUUUCUUUUAUUGUUUGGAAGGAAAGGAAAGAAAAAAAAAAACUUAAUGACCCAAGAAGA